AUGUUGUUUGGUGAUGCUGCAGAAGAGUAUGAGAGAUUAUGGGAUUAUGCAGUUGCUAUUUGCAAAUAUAACCCUGGUAGUACAACAAUUGUCAAGGUUGUAGGCAUAGAAAAUCCUCCACCCAUGUUCCAAAGGAUGCCUAUUUUGGGUGUUGAUGGGGAAAGUUUGAAGUGGCCUUAUCCUGGUAUUUUGCUGACAGCAGUGGGAAAAGAUGGGAAUGACAUCUUCCCAGUUGCUUGGGCUGUAGUAGAGGCUGAAAAUGCUGAGACUUGGAAGUGGUUUUUUAAACUGCUGGUAAAAGACAUAGAAUCUGUUGAUCAGUCAAUCAAAUUGGUAGAUUUACAUGAGUUUGAAGUAGAUAAUGAAGAUGACACCUAUGUUGUUAAUUCACAGACCAAGGAGUGUGGUUGCUUUAGGUGGAGUUUGUUAGGAAUUCCUUGUUGGCAUGCAUUGGCAUGUAUUGUGAAGAGGAGGCUUCUAUAUGAGGAAUUUGUCCACCCUACAUAUCAUGUGAGUACUUAUAUUGCUGCUUAUGCACCCAUAUUCAAAGUAAUGCCUGGUUUUAGGCAGUGGGAAGUGCAGCCAUUAGCCAAGCCUUUACCCCCUCAUUACAGAGAAAUGCCUAGAAGGCCUAGCAAAAAGAAGAGGGUGAAAGAACCAGGGAAAGAUAAAGAGAGAGAGUUGGUGAAAAGGGAAAAGAAGAACAACAAGUGCUCUAAUUGUGAUGGUCUUCGGCACUACAAAACAAAGUGCCAAAAUGUCACUCAGCCUCAAGUUUUAAGUAAGGGUGGAAGACCUUUCGGCUGCUCAGAUAGGAGCAGGACCCUACCAGCAGGCUAUGUCACAGGGUGGGGGAGCUGGAACUUAAGCUGGAGGUAG